CCGCCGGAGCACCGAGCACUGGCAUAGCGGCAGCGAUGCGUAUCCGGCUCCUCGACGUCGUCGCCAGCCUCGUGUUGCGUGCAGCGAGGAGACUCUCUGGCUGCCCGCGCGACGUCGUCUCCCGCUCCGGCCGGCGCCGCCGCCGCCGCGAGAAGAGGGAGUGGUGGAAUUGGAGCUACUCCGACGACGCAGCCGGGGCCGAAGAGGACGGAGGCGUGUGGCGGAGGACGAUUCUGAUGGGCGAGAAGUGCAAGCCGCUGGACUUCCCCGGAGUCAUCUACUACGACGCGGACGGCCGACGGCUGUCGGAGGUGCCCACACCACGCUCGCCCAUGCGGAGCCCGUUUCUGUCCUACACCGCCAGGAGUCCGGUCACCGCCGGUUACAGUACUUAGUUCGCUGUCUUCCCCUGCUUCAGACUCUGUUUUGUCACUUUGUGGUUGAUACUCUAGUGUUUAUCGUAUAUUUUUAAAUUUAUUAUUUA